AUGUAUCCAUGCCCAUACGAUUUCAAAACCGUGGAAUCUAAUAGCGCACAGACAUUUGAACAUCUCAAAUUCGACGCACAAGAUGCAAACUUUCAACAGGCUUAUGCUGAUCGUAUUCAGUUCAUUGAUGGAGAAUACCACGUACCCUUGCCAUGGAGAGCCGAUCACCCGGAACUGCCAAACAAUCUCAAUGCAAGCCGGGGACGCCUUCUGCAGACGGCUACCAGAUUGAAACGUCUGAACCUGAUGCCAGCCUAUUGUAAGGUGAUGAAAGAAAAUAUACAGAAAGGUUGGGUAGAAGAAGUAAAAAACCCCGAAACUGCCCUCCUGGAAAAAGACUGCUACUAUCUACCACAUUUUUACAUCCUCAAAGAUAGCGAAACCACUCCACUGAGGAUAGUAUUUGAUGCUAGCUGCGGUCAACCUUCAUUGAACACUUGUCUGUACGAAGGGCCUAAGAUGAUCACCGAUCUUCCCCAGUUAUUGACACUUUUCCGCACGCGAAAAGUUGGUUUAGUGGCCGACAUAGCUCGAGCUUUUCUUUCCGUGAAAUUGCUGGAAAGCGAAAGAAAAUAUGUCCGGUUCCUUUGGUACAAAGACAAUGACCCCAACAAAGAGGUCAUCCCGUAUCACUGCAAUACAGUGAUAUUCGGAAAUGUUUCAAGCCCCUUCUCAUUGGCUAUUGUUUUAACGGAACACUUAGAUAACCAUAGCGAUCCAAUCGCCAAGGAUAUGGCAAAGAAACUCUAUGUUGACAAUCUUCUCACAUCUGUGAACAGUGACGCUGAAGCAUUGGAUUAUUACGCUCGGUCGAGGCACAUCAUGAGUGAAGGGUCUUUCCUACUCCGACAGUGGGCUAGCAACUCAGCCGCCCUCACUGACCACGCCAGAGCAGAAAACAUGUCCACAAAAAGCGCCACGGCGGUCACAACCUUGGGUUUGAAAUGGAAUACAGUGAAUGACACUCUAGCUUUAGCUCCGAAGUCUUUCCCAAAAACUGACUUGGUCACCAAACGUCAGGUCCUUUCAGAAACGUCAUCUGUUUUCGACCCGUUAGGUUAUGUUUCGCCAUUGAUUGUUCCCGCACGAAAGUUUGUAAAUGAACUGUGGUCCAAAGAAAAAUCGUGGGAUGAACCACUGACACCUGAGGAAGUCAAACAAUGGGACAAAAUCCGGAUAUCUAUUUCUCGAGCAUCAGACUUUAACAUACCCCGCGGACUUGGCAUGAGGUCAGAUUCGCCUGUUACUCUAGUGGUGUUCUGCGAUGGAACUCCAGUAACUGCAUCAGCAUGUGUGGUAUACAUGAAACGAGACAAUAACAUUCGGCUACUUGGCUCCAAAAACAAGCUUGUGUCAAACUCAGGAUACACAACACCCAAAUGCGAGCUGCAGGCAAUGGUCAUUGGCUCGAAAUACGGACAGUGGCUGAAGGAAACCUACGCGGAAUCCUAUCCCAUCAUCACUAUGCUCUACCUAACCGAUUCGCAGGUAGCGCUACACUGGAUCAAUUCAGACAAAAAAUUGACUCCAUUUGUAAAAAAUCGCGUCGAACAGAUCAGAUCUAACACAGAGUUAGAUGAAUGGUAUCACGUGAAAUCGGAGGAUAACAUGGCAGAUAUUCUAUCACGAGGAUCGUCAUAUACUGAACUUGCACGAUCAGACUGGCUUACUGGCCCAGAGUGGCUACAAAAGGAUUUCAGCGACUGGCCCGUCGAUCAACUCAAAGUGGAAAACUCCACUGCAUUACUGACGGCGACACUAGAAAUGGACAAUGAAUUUCACCAUAACAAAGAUCAGGGAAUUGCCAAAGUGAUUGACAUUGAACGUUUCAGUGACUACAAAAAACUGCUACGUGUCACCACGUACGUGAACUCUGCGUUUGGAUCAAACGCCCAUGAUAUUACCGCUGAAAACCUCAAUGAUGCUGAGAAACAAUGGAUUAAAUCGGCCCAGCUUGCGGCUUAUCCAGAUAUUAUCGCCCGUCUCAAAUCUCUCCAAAACGGGAAAGGAAAACUCAAACGCUCGCCACCCUUAGUCCAUCAGCUUGGUCUCGUGUUAUCCGAUGAUGGUAUCUUGCGCUGCGCGGGGAGGGUUCGAAAUCACCCAAUCUACGAUCAUGAGAUGAAACUGCCAAUUCUAUUGCCACGAAUUUGCCAUCUCACCAACCUGAUAAUACUGGAUUCACACAGAACUGUCUUUCACUACGGAGUUGGGGCCACCAUGGCUCAAAUCAGGACAAAGUUCUGGAUAACAUCGAUGCGAAGUGCAGUGCGAAAAAUCCUAAAAGGAUGCGUUAUCUGCCGUAAAGUUUCAGGUCGGGCGUAUCAAACACCACAUGCUCCGCCCUUACCCAAAUUCAGGCUUGACGAAGCAAAACCAUACUCAGCCACAGCGAUUGACUUUACAGGACAUUUGUUAGUAAAAAUGUACGGAAAAACUAAGAAAGUUUACCUCUGUCUCUUCACAUGCUGUGCCACGCGACAUAUAACUCUAGAAAUAGUGGAAGACAUCACCACAUCUUCUUUCCUGCGCGCUUUUCGUAGAUUCUGUUCCAGCCAUUCAACCCCAUCAGUGAUUUAUUGUGACAAUGCAAAAACGUUUACGAGCAGUGAAACCGAACUAAAACGCAUGUAUCAGAUCGUGCGACAUAGAGACACUCAAAAUCAUUUCGCCGAAAAACGCAUCAAAUUUCGCUACAUUCCGGUGCAAGCUAGUUGGAUGGCCGGAGUCCAUGAACGUUGUAUUGGGACCAGCAAAACCGCGAUCAAAAAGGUUUUAGGAAAAUCUUUAGUUUGUCUUGCUGAGCUUCAGACCUUAAUCAAGGAGAUCCAAGCCAUUGUAAACAACAGACCGCUUACGUAUGUCGCGUCAGAAUUGGAGGAGUUAUCAAUCCUCUCCCCAAACCAUUUGUUGCACGGUCGCUUGAUUGAACUCUUGCCAAGUCAGGACUUAGAUGAAUCUCAAUUUGACAAAGACUACAUUGGUAAAGAACAUUUAGAAAAGAUUGCUUUCCGCCGCUCACAAUUAAUUCAGAAUUUCAAAACUCGCUUCCAGAACGAAUAUCUGGCAGCACUUCGCCAACGCCACGCUCAUGAACUCAAAAAGCAAAACGCUGUGAACAAUGUGAUCAAAAAGGGCGAUGUUUUCAUUGUGUAUGACAAGGACCACCCGCGCCGCAACUGGAGACUAGGUAUAGUGAUUGAUCUUCUGACCGGCCCCGAUGGCCUCACUCGAGUAGCAAAGGUGAAAACAAACUCUGGAAUAUCAAAUCGUGCCGUCGCGCAUCUCUAUCCUCUCGAAAUAAACUGUGCGGAUUAUGACAAAAAAGACACUUCGCCCGAUAACACUGCGCCUCCAACGAGGCCAAUCCGCAAUUCUGCUGCAAUCGCGAAAAUGAAAAUCCGCGAUCAGUCUGAAAACUGA